GGCGCUCAACCUUCACUUCUCAAAUUUUCAUUUUCCUCUUCCACUAAACAUUGGGUCAGACCAAACCCUAAAACAUCUACCUCCAUCUUCUUCAAAAGAGAAGCUGAAAGGUUUUUUGAUUUUCAUCUUCAACCCUUAGAGUGCACAACAAUACUGGCACAGACACUAAUGUCGCUGAUCACCAAGGUCGGCGGCGACAGUGUUGGCCACCAUCCGAAGUUUCACCGACGUCGUCGCCAGAUCUUAUCCCAUGCGACGCACACCUUCCUCUUCUUCCUUUGCGCACAAGCACAAUUACUCCUCCCUGGAUCGCCACCACAGUCUGCAUCAACCAUCUUGGUGUUUAUGAGUAGCCAGACCAACUGGUGGCAUGCUUUGGUUGAUGUUCUUGCCCAAAGCUCAAACUGUUAUCCAUCAUUGCCCCUAAAGUCGGUGGUUGGAGCAAGGGUUCUCACAUUCAAACCCUACACUACUGUUGGCCUAUAUAGGCUUGGACACUACAUAAUACCAGAAGAGAUGGAUGAGGUUUAUGCUUGGCUAACAUCAAAAUUGGGCCCUAAGGGGAAAACAACAUAGGUACCAGCAAAGGAAGCAAAAUGUGAAAAGCCCGAGAUGUUGAUAGUGGCAUGUCAUCUUUAAAUGACGUAAUCAGAUCAAGUGGUGGAAGCAAAAUAUUAUAAUAUGCCUCAGACUUCAUUGCAUGCCCUAGAUGUUGGAAAUGGUGUGCCAUCUUCGCACGAUAUAUACUAGGAUCAAGUGGUGGAAGCAAAACACCUUAGGCUUAGUACUUUUAAUGUUGUUAUUUUUUUUAAAUACUUGAAUAUUUUGGUACUCUUAAUGCUGCCUUUAUUUUUUGUAGAUGUUUGAAUUGGUACUUUAGUAUA